AUGUGUUUCGGUGCCGAGCCCUCCAAGACAAAGUACUACUACCGCGAGGAGAUCGUGCCCGCCGCGAGGCCGUACCACCACCACCACCACCACGGCCACCAUGGCCACCAUCACCACCACUCGCCCAGGGCAAGCUACGUCUCGCCCCCGCGUGAGCACGACCAGCUAUCGCACCAGCGGGCCUGUGGUGUACGAGUCCAGCAGGACCCGAUAUGUUUGAGCGAUGCUGGGAACACCGAGCUACCACUUGUCGUUUUGUUUGUCAUGUUUUUCAAGAUUUAUGAGUUAUGA